ACUUUGCGGCUAUUAAUUACCACACCUUCAAGAAACGUGCUAUUAUAUAAUUUUAAUAUGAAAAAGCUCAGUACAGUAGCUUUGUAGAGUUAGGAAACAAGGACCAUUCUCUAGCCUGUCAAACAAAGAUGGGUGGUACAGAUGAAGCAAGACUUUCAGAGUUGACAGCUGAGAAUGAUCGACUGGCGAGUGUUGUAACAGACCUGGAAUCUCGCCUCAGGCAAAGUGAGACUGACAAAUUGCAAGUACAGGCGAGUUAUGAGGAAGCUCUGCAAGCCCUGGCCGACAGCGAGGCCAAGAGGGAGACAAUCGACAAAGAACUGAAACUAGCUCACGAUCAAAUAUCUUCAAUGUGGAGUGAGCUCGGGUCAGUACGGAAACAGUUAGACAACCCCUCAGUAGCCCCUCCCCCCACCCUCGUGAAGAAAGAAAGCGACCCGCAGCUGGAGCUCUAUUGCACCAUCUGCAAGGAGAGAAUAAACUCUAAGCGUACCAGUCCAGAUACCUCGACUCCACCCAAAAGUGGGAAGCAGUCUAGCCCUGAGGGCAGUCCUAAGAACAGACGCAGCAGCUGGCUCUCAUUCGGACGGAAGCAAAGGGUCCAAGAUAUCGAAUCUCAUUCCAGAAAUUGUUCCACCAGUUCCCAAUCCACACCACCAUCACUAAAUAAUGAUGUCACCUCGUCACCUGCUAAGAAGGGCAAGGCCUCUCCCGCUAUCAAUAGAAUCAAUCAGACCAAUCGUCACCGCUCAGCAUCUCCAUGUAAACCACCAUCUCAAACUAUAAUUAUCAGUGAAGAUUAUCUGGUCAUCACCGUCACUAAGAGUCCACUGGGAGUGACCGACCUUUGCCCCUUCAAAGUUAUCACCAAGACGAACAUGGCCCACCUCCCCCAACCCUACAUGGAGGUUCACCGCUCACAGAGUGACUUCCAAUGGUUAUACGAUGCUCUCCAGGAGGCGUGUCCAGAGAGGAUAGUCCCGCCCCUGCAACCACCCAUCUCCCUCGAUGCUACCAUGUCAGAGUUCCAGCGCUUCCUCACACGAGUAUCUGCUCACAGGUCACUCAGGAAACACCAUCUCUUCAUCGUGUUCCUCACUGGCACAGCGGAGGAGCUUCGUAGUUUGCGGGCUAAACUACGCCCUCGUCGUCACAGUGAUCAGGUCAAGUACAAGCCUGCAGUGGGCCGAGACACCAACACUGGACCAUUGGUCACCACCAAGGACUACCUAUGCACACUGGAGCAGAACAUCCUCGGUCUGGUUAGCCACCUUGAACAGGCCUCCCGGAAAGGGACGUCCACCGGCAAAAUUGGACACUGGUUUCGAGCCAUCAGCGAUUCAGAACCUCUCGAUUGUGUGACGUACCUCAGGACAGCUGCUAGCGAUCUGUCUCGGACUUGUGAAGCCAUAGAAAGCCAUCACACCGACUCGGAUGACGGGCUUCUGGUGCAGAACUUGCAGAGUAUAGCAGAGUACAUUGUUACCUCCAAGGGUCUCCUGACUCGAGUGGAGGAGGCGGUGGACAAGUUUCUCUAUUGGGACGAAGAGAUCACCAUUCUAGAGGCUGUCACUUCAAGCCCUGUUGUGGAGCAACUCCCCGUUGACACGACAACAGAGCAAAGCAACGAGCAGGACGUCGUGUUUGAUGAUUCAGGAGUAUCUGACGUUACCACAAGCAGCAAUAAUAGCAGUAACUCCGCCCACUCAGGACGAGGUCAUAUGCCAUCACAUGAUCAUCGCAUGGCAUCACAUGACUCUACGAGCUCGGGAGAGGAUAGUGUGAGUACUAGUGAGAAAUGGGCCCAGGCGAGCAAGUACUGUGCAGAUGCUAAGGACUACUUGGAAAUGAUGUGUCAUGGUUUAGCCGAGGAGCUGUCGCACUUUGACCUCCAGAAGGAGAAGGAACUGAAGCAGGUGUUGGUAGACUAUGCGUCGACUCAGCAAGAGAGACACGAGAAGUGUCAGGGCAAGUGGUUUGCCAUGAAGCUGCUCCUGGACACACCAGUCAACCCGGAGAUUAGGGCCAUUCAAUUCAGCAGCCCCGGCACUGGGGGCACCUCUGAGCAAAGCAGCAAAACAUAACGUACUAUAUAGAGCCAGCACUCAAUCAGUAUGUCAAGCAGUGAGAAGCUUUUGUGAACUUUGGACUGUUAAUUAUUAUCGCUCUGCCCAAUCAAAUCAUCCGUUUACCAUUCUUGUAUUGUAAUGUAAUGUAUAAUUAUGUUGCGUCUUUUUAUUAAUUAUUGCUUGCACAUGUUUUUGUACCUGUUCUGUCCACCUGUUGUUAUAACCAAACAAGUGUAAACUAGUAUAUAUAGUAACUACAGCAGCUUGCAUUGAUAUACAUAAUUAUUGAUGUAAUGAUAUACAUUACCAAUGCAUGUAUAUAGUCAUGUACAGAUCGAACAACAGGAUUCAAUAAUAAUAUUAUUAUUACAGAACAAUAAGAAUUAACAA